AUGCUGAUCCAACUGUGCGCUCUCAGUGGGCCACCCGCGAUGCUGCUGCACGUCUUGCUGUGCGUCGCCACCUCCCUACCUCUGAGCGCGCGCACUUUAGUCAGGUGCUCUCCUUCCCCCUUGCUGCCCUCUGUUGCCUCUGCUGCUGCUGCCGACCUGCUUGGUAUUGAGUCAGUCGGCGCGGCGUCUGCCCCUAGUGGGAGACGUCGCUCUGGCAAGGCCAAGGGGGCAAGGGUGCGGGUGGAGCAGGAGGGGGCGGUGGCGGUGGCGGCGGAGGCGGCGGAGGGAGUGGGGGUGGCGGCGGGAGUGGUGGCGGGGGUGGUGGUGGUGGUGGCAGCAGCGGCGGAGGCGGCGGUGGUGGUGGCAGCGGUGGUGGUGGUGGCAGCGGCGGAGGUGGAGGCGGCGGAGGAGGCAGCGGAGGAGGCGGUGGUGGUGGAGGGGGUGGAGCUGGUCGGGGUGGUACCCAGCAGCGGAACGGCGGUGGUGGUGGCCAGCGCUCGCAGCAGCAGCAGCAGCAGCGUUCGCGGGACAUCCCUCCGCCUCAGCAGCUUCUGUGGGGGUGCCCACCCCACUCAGCGCUGUUUUGGCCGCCUGACGGACGCUUGGCGUCAGCAGUUCCCCGGGGCUAGUGAGAUCCCUCGCUGGGAUGAGCUUCUUAGGGCUGGUGUAGCGAUCUUUGAUCUUGAUUUUGAUGCUAUCCUUGCUGCUAUGUAUGCUGUGACUAUAGUGAGGAGACUGAGGGUUACCGUGUUUCCAGCCCGACCCGGGCAUUGUACUGCUGCGCUAGGUGCUUGUGAGGCUGCUGCUCUAGGUGCAAGUGCGUCUGCGCUCUCAGGUACUGGUGAGACUGCGCUCUCAGGUACUGCGUCGUCCUCGUCCUCCCUUACUUUCACACUUGACUCUGGGGCUUCUCGCUCCUUCUUUCGAGACCGCACCACCCUUACGCCGCUUGGCCGGCCGGUUGCCGUCUCCCUGGCUGACCCCUCUGGGGGUCCUGUCCUCUCUCACUUCUCCACUGUCCUCCCGUGUCCGGCUGCCCCUUCGGGCACCCUGUCUGGUCUGUACCUUCCCUCGUUCUCUACGAACUUGGUGAGUGGCGCGGACCUGCAGGAUGUGGGGGUUCACCAGUUCACUCCUGCGAGUCAGCGGGUGACCCACUGCACGGAGGCACGCACAGGCCGACACCUGGCCACGUUCUCGCGUCGGCCGGGGUCGAGUCUCUACACCCUGACCGUUGAGUCUCCUCCUGUCCCUGCGUCUGGUCAGGUGGCUGCGUCAGGACCUUCCUGUGUCCCCUGUGUCGAGGGUCGCCUCCGGGCUGCUCCUCACUCCUCCCAGUUCCCCCCGACAGAGGCUCCUCUGCAGACGCUUCACAUGGACGUGUGGGGCCCAGCCCCCGUCCGUGGGCAGGGUCACGAGCGCUACUUUCUGUUGGUGGUUGACGACUACUCGCGUUACACCACAGUCCUCCCCUUGCGCAGCAAGGGUGCUGUCACUGAGACCUUCACGCUUCCGGACUCUCCACAGCAAAAUGGGAUUGCUGAGCGCCGCAUUGGCAUGGUCAUGAAUGUCGCUCGUACGUCCAUGAUGCAUGCGGCUGCCCCCCAUUUUCUGUGGCCGUUUGCGGUGAGGUACGCGGCGCAUCAGCUCAACCUUCACCCCAGGGUCUCUCGGCCCGCGAUGUCCCCAGUCUUGCUGUGGACGGGGAAGGUUGGCGAUGCGUCGGCGUUCCGUGUCUGGGGAUCUCGGGCGUUUGUCCGCGACUUGUCUGCGGACAAGCUGUCCCCUCGUGCUGCUCCCUGUAUCUUCCUUGGCUUCCCCACUGACGCUCCAGGGUGGCAGUUUUACCACCCCUCCUCUCGUCGUGUUCUGUCCUCCCAGGACGUCACGUUCGACGAGUCAGUCCCCUUCUACCGCCUCUUCCCCUACCGCACUCCUUCCCUCCCCCCUUCGCCGGACUUCCUUGUGCCGGUUCCCCCCCCGGUAGACCCCCUCCCCCCUCAGGUUCCUGCCCCCUCAGGUGUGUCCCAGGUAGACGCAGUUGACCCGGUCGAGGUUACUGGUGCUGCUACUAGGGGUGCUGAGCCUGGGGGUGCUGGGCCUGGGGGUACUACUGCGGAGGGUGCUGAGCCAGGGGGUGCUGUGCCUGGAGCUGCUGAGUCUGGGGGUGCUGAGUUGGGAGCUGCUGAGCCUAGGGGUGCUGAGCCUGGGGUUUCUCCUGCUGCUGCGUCUCGACGGGAGCCCCUCUCUCCACAGGAGCUGCGCGAGUGGUUUGCUCGCCGCUGGAGGCGUGCUGCUGGAGCUGGAGCUUCUUCGACCGUCGAGGGUGCUGGUGCUGCCGGUCCCGGAGCUGCUGGGCCUGCGGGUCCUCCUGGAGCUGGAGCUGCUGAGGGUGUUGGUGCUGAGACCACUGCUGUCUGUCCUCGCGGUGGUUCUGCUGCUGGUACUGCUGGAGGUCCUGCCGCUGGAGGUGUUGGUGGCGCUGGUGCUAUCGUUGAGGGUGCUGGUGCUGUCUCUGCUGAGUCUGGAGCUGCCGCGCGGCCUCGGCCGUACUUCGUUCCGCUCCUGCAGCAGGUUCUUGGUCUUUCUCCUCCGGUAGAGUGUCCACAGCCUGUCCAAUCGCAGUCACUGUUGGAGCCUUCCUCUCCUUUGCCUGCUCCCUCUCCUUACACUGGUCCUACUGGAGGUCUUACUGAGCGUCGUGAGCCUGCGUCUCGUCCCGCGUCGCCUGUUCGUGCUGCUCGCGCUAGUGGUCGCGGUUCGUGUCAGCGUCCUCCUCCUGUCCCUGGCACGCACCGGAUGUCUCUGCGUCCGUCCACUGCUCCUCUGCGUGCCCCUUUGCCUUCUCCUCCUGAGUCCUCUCUUCCUGCGCUUGCCGACCCUGAGUCGGACUCUCUUCAUGCUGCCAGUCCUAUUGUCACGCGUCUGCUUGCUACUGUCGUCACUGACCCCUCGUUUGAGUCCACUGCUGCGUCUGCUCUUGUCACUGAGCUCGUCGACUUUGCUGCUCGCUGUCGUCUAGACUACGCUGCUAGUCUUGUUGCUGAGUCUGCGUCUGUCUGUCCUCCGUCCGUCGGGGGUGAGUGUGCUCUUGGCACGGACGUCCUAGAGGACAGGCAGGAGGAGUUACAGUGUCUGGCUGCUGCUUCACCUCAUCUCGCGUCUGUACUGCUUGCUCCUGAGGGAGACCCGGAUGCACUAGACAUCCCGACUCCGCGCUCUUACGCGGAGGCCGUAGAGGGUCCCUACUCCUCUCAGUGGCAGGCAGCUAUGGAUGCAGAGAUGGCUUCCUGGAAGUCCACAGGCACCUACGUUGACGCAGUUCCCCCUCCUGGGGCGAACAUCGUCAGUGGCAUGUGGAUCUUCCGGGUGAAGCGGCCGCCGGGCUCUCCACCUGUCUUCAAGGCGCGGUACGUUGCUCGUGGCUUCAGCCAGCGGCAGGGAGUUGACUACUUUCAGACCUUCUCUCCCACCCCGAAGAUGACCACUCUUCGGGUGCUGCUGCACAUAGCCGCUCAGCGCGACUACGAGCUUCACUCUCUCGACUUCAGCACUGCGUUCCUGCAGGGUAGCCUGCACGAGGAGAUCUGGCUGCGCCGUCCACCUGGCUUCACUGGGACUUUCCCUCCUGGCACCCAGUGGAGCCUCCAACGGCCAGUCUACGGUCUUCGCCAGGCACCGCGUGAGUGGCACGACACACUGAGGACUACGCUUGCGGCUCUUGGGUUUGCUCCUUCUACUGCUGACCCGUCGCUGUUUCUGCGCACCGACACUUCACUGCCGCCGUUCUACAUCCUCGUGUACGUCGACGACUUGGUCUUUGCCACAGCGGACACUGCUGGACUCGCCUACGUGAAGUCCGAGCUACUGAAGAGACACACGUGCACAGACCUGGGUGAACUGCGCAGCUACCUUGGCUUGCAGAUCACUCGGGACAGAGCACGCCGCACCAUCACCUUGACUCAGUCACACAUGGUGCAGCAGGUCCUUCAGCGCUUCGGCUUCACGUACUCCUCGCCUCAGGCCACUCCUCUGUCUACUCGCCACUCACUCUCAGCUCUGCCUUCGGAUGAGUCCGUAGAGUCGAGUGGCCCGUACCCAGAGCUUGUUGGCUGCCUCAUGUACCUGAUGACCUGCACUCGACCUGACCUUGCAUACCCUCUGAGCAUUCUUGCACGCUAUGUUGCUCCUGGGAGACACCGACCAGAGCACAUGGCUGCAGCGAAGAGGGUAUUGCGCUACCUGUGCAGUACGUCGGGCAUGGGGCUAGUGCUUGGAGGGCGGAGUCCAGUGGUCCUUACAGGCCACGCGGACGCUUCUUGGGCUGACGACCAGGCUACGCAGCGGUCGUCACAGGGUUACACCUUCAGUCUUGGUUCCGGCUCUGUCUCGUGGCGGUCUACUCGUUUGUCUUCGGUUCUCAGCUCCAGUUGUGAGGCUGAGAUCUACGCCGGGGCCAUGGCUGCACAGGAGCUUCGGUGGCUCACCUGCCUGCUGACUGACCUUGGAGAGCCGCCUCGUUCUCCUCCAGUGCUGUACGUAGACAACAAGGCCAUGCUGGCCUUGUGUCGAGAGCAGCGCUUGGAGAACAGAACGAAGCACAUUGCUCUCCGCUACUUCCUUGCUCGUGAGCUGCAGCAGCGUGGUCAGUUGCGACUUGCGUACGUGGCCUCUGAGGCCAACACUGCUGAUGUGUUCAUUAAGGCACUCGCGCCUUGUGACCAUCAGCGCUUCUGCACCCAGCUGGGUCUUGUGCCUGUCUUGCCUCACUUGCUCUCUUCUUUACUUUACUUAUUAUUAUAG